AUGGCGAUCCCGGACUUUACCAACGACGCCGUGUUCCCCGUGUUCGACGCCCUGCCCGUCGAAGACGACGCGGAGUCGGCCGGCCCGGACGCGAGGCCGGAAUGGUUCCUCGUGGCGCAGGUGAAGCAGAACAUGACCAUCACGAAACCGACCGUCGUAGUCUCGGACCGCGGGGGCGACGAAUUCGCCAUCACCUUCGAGGACCGCGGCAUCGAUCUACGGCCCGUCAAGACCGGGUGGACUAUUGUCGUGCCGAGGGCCGUCAGGACGAAGCCCAAGGAAGGGAAGAAGGGUUUCGUCAGGGUCGCCGAGGGAAAAGGCACCGCGGUCAAGUAUGUGCCUGCUGACUUGGACAAGGUGGUUGAGCUGGGGACCCGGUUGAGGGCCGACAACGACGGGGCGGGGCAGAAGUGUGCUUCGUGCGGCGGCGGGGCGGAGGGCACGUUGAAGGCGUGUACCGGGUGCGGUGCUGUCAAGUAUUGCGGCAAGGAAUGUCAGACUUCGGGUUGGAAGACGCACAAGGGUGAUUGUAAGGCGUUGAAGGGUAUGUUGAAUGCGUGGGGGGCGUGA